AUGACGGUCACUCAGAGGAGAGUCAGGACUGAUGCCCAGUCGGAUGAGAGGCCAGUAACGGAGCCAGGUAUCAAAUAUACUUGUGAUUUCUGUCACGUCGAUAUCACUCACACGGUCCGUAUAAAAUGUGCGAUGAAAGAAUGUGAGGAAGUAGACCUAUGUCCCAGUUGUUUUUGCGAGGGCAAAGAAGGCCUGCGGCACAAGGCAUGGCAUGAUUAUAAAGUAGUGGAACAACACUCUCAACCUAUAUUCACGCCUGAUUGGGGAGCAGACGAAGAGCUCUUGCUGGUAUCCGGACUGAUAUCGAACGGUUUGGGAAAUUGGUUGGAAGUAGCUCAGCAUGUAGGGACGAGGACAAAAGAGGAAUGUGAGAAACACUAUCUGGAAGUGUAUCUCGGUGUAGGGAUGGAUGGGAAGCAUUUGAAAGAGGAAGGAGAAGUCAAGAAUGAGAUGAAAGUUGAUGAUGAUGGAGACGAGAACAGGAAGAGGCGGAGACCUUUUAUGCCUCCGAUGGAUAAGACGUUCGAAGUAGACCCCGACGAGUUCCAAUCUAGGAAGAAAGCUAGGAUAGAGGAGAUGCGCAAACCUCAUGCGCUACCGCCACCCAACGCUGCCCCUUUGGUAUCUGCCCCGACAAAUCACGAAGUAGCUGGAUUUAUGCCUGGACGAUUAGAAUUCGAGCACGAAGUGGAGAACGAAGCCGAGAUGGCCGUCAAGGAUAUGGAGUUUGGCCUGGUAUACAAAUACGGUGGUGAUGCUCAACCAGAAGCUAAAGUUACCGGACCACCUGAAGAAGAAGGGGAAGAAGACGAUGAAGACGAUGAUGAAGACAAGAGAAAUAAACGGAAAACAGAGGAUGACGAAGGAGAUGUCAAGGUGAAACCUGAUCCUGAUUUUGAAGAUCAACCUGUUGCCGGACCAUCGACGUCUUCGCCGUCUAAAGGUAAAGGGAAAGCCAAGGGACCGCCUUUACCUGAAAUCGAAGAUGAAGAUGAGCUAGAAGUAAAAUUGGCAAUGCUGGAUAUAUACUUUUCGAAGUUGGAUAAGAGGAUGGAUGCGAAGGAAGUCUUGUUCGAUAGGGGUCUGACGGAGCAUAAGAAGAUCCAAGCAGCUGAACGUAAACGACCGAAAGAAGAGCGAGAUUUGAUACAGCGAUACAAAGUGUUCGCGAAGUUUCAGACGGCUCAGGAUUUUGAAGUGUUCAUUGAAGGUCUUAUAUAUGAACAAAAUCUCAGAAAGAGAAUAACAGAACUGCAAGAGUAUCGACGUAUGGGUAUCACGACCAACGCUGAAGCUGAGGCUUAUGAUAAUGCCAAAGCUGCUAGGGCCGGAUACAGACCACUCGUACAGCGCGAUCGACCCGAGGUGACUGUUUCAGGAGCACGUAUAAAUGCGGGACAACAUCGUUUCCUACAUGGUGGGAUGGGUACACCUCCUCCUGGAUUGGACCCUAAGAGCAGGGAGCCUACGCCAAGAGCUUUGCCUAUGAGUGUAGGAAGGAAACCUCCUGCACCACUCAAUCUCGCCAAUGCGGCUUCCCUCGACCUCUUAUCAUCAGACGAACAACUCCUCUGCUCUUCUCUCCGUGUCCUACCCAAACCUUACCUAACCAUCAAAGAAUUAUACAUCCGUGAGAAUGCUAGACGGAAUGGAUGCCUGAAGAGAAGGGAUGCAAGGAGGAUGUUGAAGAUCGACGUCAAUAAAUCAGGCAAGAUAUUUGACUUCUUAGUUGACCACGGGAUCUUGGUCUUGAAGUAUGAUAUUCACGCGAACCCGAAUGGGAAACACCAACAGAUAAUAGAUGGGUUGUAUAACGGUCCGAAAUCGACAUUUGAAAAUAUCGAUAUCAAUGUUAACGGGAUGGUGGGGUCGAUGAUGGUCGAUGAGAUUAGAUUGAAUGGAAGUUGA